AUGUUCAUGACACAGUUNAGGGUGUCUGAAGUUGAGGACUACUAUUCCACGAACAUCGCAAAUUGUGUCUUCAACAGUUUUCUGUCCUAUACUGCCAUCAUGUUAAACAUUGUAACAAUCCACGCGAUAAGAAAAACGUCAUCGUUGCCAGAGACUUUAAAAACACUGCUCCUGAGUCUUGCUGUUUCUGAUGUUGGUGUUGGUUUAUUGGUCCAGCCAUUUUACACGUCACUCCUGAUCAAGUCGUUACAUGAAAACAAUCCUGGUUGUAACACCUAUAAGGCUUUUUACUUCAUUGGACAUUUAUUUUCCUCAGCUUCGUUUUUCGGUGUUGUGGUUGUAAGUGUAGACAGGUUCUUAGCUAUUCAUCUUCAUCUCAGAUAUCAGGAACUUGUGACUCAUAAGCGUGUUGUUGCUGUGGUGAUCUUAAUAUGGCUGUUGAGUAUCUUUGCUUCUUUUUCAAUGAUGUGGGUUCCACGCGAAACGUUCUCACUUAUUAUAGUAAUUAUUGGAACUGUUGGUGUCUUUCUUACAACGCUGGUCUACAUCAGGAUUUAUUUAGCUGUAAGACGACACAAAAAUCAGAUUCAGGCCCUGCAAGUACAACAACAGGCACAGGCUGGCGAAAUAUCUAAUUUUGCCAGUCUAAUUAAUUCUGCAGUCGGAAUCUUUUACGUAUAUUUGAUGUUUUUGAUUUGUUAUUUGCCUUAUUUUAUCAGUUUGGCAGCCUUUAAAAUUAACGACCCGAAUGUCACUCUGAAAAAGUUCUUUCUUUUUUCACUAACUCUGUUAUAUCUUAAUUCGUCUCUGAACCCUGUAAUUUACUGCUGGAAAAUGAGACACAUUCGACACACUGUCAUGAACAUACUGAGGAACAUGGCUUGGUACAGAAGUCGUGCUUCACACGAAACCCUUACAUUGUCCGGCCAUACUAUGCCAUGAUUCAGGGUCGUCGUUACUGGCAAGCGUUUUCUGUAUAUAACAACGACUACGGAUAAUUUAAACUCGGGCUGCAGCAGGACAACCGAAAUUCCAUUUAAACUGUGUAGUGCAAAAAAAUAUGCUAUUAAAGGAUUUAUAUGACUUAUCAGCUGAGUUUAAUGCUAGUUGAAAACUGAAAAAGCAAAGGAUGCCUGCAAGUUCGUUUCCCUCCGAGGUACAA